UAAGUAAGUAUAUAGAUUUAAUGACUUGGAAACAUUGGUAAUAAAGUACAAUUUUAAUUUUGUAAGAAAACAUAACAAUAAAACUAAAGUUCACUUACUCAUAUUAUUCUGUUAUCUCAUGCAUUUGGGUAUAUGCAAAAGCCAAUGUGUAGGCAGGAACGACACAUAUUCUCUUCCUCGGGACCUUAAGCUUACCAGUCACAUGGAGCAAGUUUGUUUAUUUAGAAUCUCAACUCCCGUUUUUUUUUAAAUCAUUUUAUUAAUAUUCGUUCAAUAACCGGCAAAGGUCAAGGUCACCAUAUUGCCAAAUCACAAGUGUCUUCAAAAGAGUUAAGUUUCAGAUAAAUUCUUCUUGAUUCAUCGAACCAUAGGAUAUUCAACCCAAAUAUGCUGCACUAAGUCAACGAGAAAAAAACUUAAAAUUAUCUACGUGUAAUGGGACGCAAAUGUCAAACGUUUGCUCAUGUUUUGUAUCAAAUUUGAGGUUAUGUUUACGUUGUUGAGUGAUUAAUGCUGCAUUUUAUUUUGUUUUAAUUGUUCCAUCUUUAAUAUUAUAAAUAAUUGUUAAGUGAAAAAGUAUUAAAUAUGUUAGCUCCAGAAGUAUGGGAUUUUCCGCCGCCAAAAGUGAUGUGUUCAUAUAAAGAAAAACAAACCUAUGAUGAAGUGAUUAGAGCAUUGAACUUGAACAAUUUCUACGAAAGUGUGAUAAUAGCGAUCCCUGAUGAACCGCGGGUACCAGUUUUCAUUGAAGAAAUAAUAUCAGGAGACACGGAUUACUAUAGAAUAUGGAACUGUCCACUCACAGAAUUUAUUCAAUCAGUUUUCAUAGAAAGUUUCGUGCAGCACGGUAGCUUGCACUGUAUAUCUUCCGAAAGAAACUGUGUAGUACAAAACUGCUUUGCAGUAACCCCCGAUGGGAUCUUAAUACUGCAUGUGUUUGACUUUAUAUAUAGAAGCCUAGGUCUUGAUGGUGUUAAACAAAAUAAUAAUUAUUACCGUAUAAACAUUGAUUUAAAAUCAAUAAAACGAGAAAAGUAUGUUAAACUUUUUGAAAGUUUGAGCAAGAUAGAACCAUUUGACUUUUAUGUUUCUUGGGAACCAACCAAUCCUGAAAUAUGUCCCUCAUCUGUUGCAAAAUACUUUCAUGAUCGAAAUAUUAAAGUCACAUUGGAAUCGAUGCAGGUAAAAACAUUUUUAUCAACAGUGCCAAGCAUACCGUGGAUUGAGGAUCUGGAUAUUGAGGAGUUGGUGGAAUGGGUGGGGCUUUUGGCUCACAAAGCACCAAUUAACACUAAGGAGGGGUACAUAAGUAGAUAUGUUCACCCAGAGGGAGAGAACUCCUUGAGCAGUACCAACAUGGCUAUACUUAUAGGGAAAGGAUUUUUAUCACCAAAAAUAAUUUGCAGUUUAUGUGACAUGGUGAAGAAGCAUACAGAAUUCAGACAGCUGGAUAAAUACUGGGCAUCUAUUAGCAUCCAGAGUUACGACAACAGCCUCUGGUGUUGGGACACAAGUCAUGCAAAAAUGUUCCAGCCACACAAUGCUUCAACAAACAUAUUUUUCACACAUAACAACAUAUCAGUUUAUUCUGCUGGUCAAAUAAAUUAUACAUAAAUU